CAACAAUUGGCGUGUAAUACAGUGAAACGAACUAACUAACUGGCGAUGGCGUCCAGAAGGGGGAGUAACACCUUUCCUGGCAAGUCUCAGAACAGUAAUGAACAGUUACAUGGAUAUAACCAGGACAUUGGCAUGGGAGAAUACCUGUGUGUAGGAGAUUACAUCUGCUUAUACUGUGAAGAGACGGAGGGAUAUGUUAACAGCCAGCAGUCCAGUGCGACCACAAAUGGAUUAUUUAUUUACCACAAACAAGACCGACACAGGCCGACAAAUAUCCCUAAUCCCACAGCUGUUGUCUUUCAAGUAUGUAUCCAAAACCGGUAUAAGUUAAACAAGAAGUUCCGAAAGUUGGUUGCAUCGGUGAAGAAUGAUUCCUUCGACGGGGCGAAAAGUCAUGUGGCUGCAUCUAAGCUCGCGGCAAAUGCCGAAAACAAGGAUAACGAGGCGGAGCAAAAACGCCAACACGGAAAACGUGUUAGAUAUGGAGAAACGAUUCAGCUCCGUCAUAUGUUUACUGGAAAAUUUGUUCACAUGAGCACAACUCAUACAAGUCAACGAGACAAAAACAAUCUUGUGGUAACACUUCAUGGAUUCAAUGCAAAGAAUGCUCAGUUUAGAAUUCUGCCGCGGUACAAAGUGAAGUCAGAAGGAGAAGUGGUUCAGAUAUUUGACCAGAUUGUCUUUGAGAGCGUAAAGUCCCCGGGGCACUAUUUUCACGCCAGUCUCCCCUACCAGAUAAACUACAACACUGUAGGUUCUGAGUUGAACUUGGGUGUGGAAAGGUCAGGUUUUACCCUGAUCGGAAGCUACAGAGAAACCAGUGACCAGGAGAAAUUUGUCAGGGGAGGCUCAGUGAUCAGGCUAUUCCACAAAGAACUUGAGGCGUAUUUAGUUGCGGAGGGACUAUUUGAUGAUGUGGUCACAGAAGAUGUUCAUUUCCGUGUGCGUGUCAUGGAUCAGCACCGUCCUAAGACCUUAUCACCCUCCACCUCUGGCAUCACAUACUGGCAGAUCGAGGCAGAGCACAGUAUUAUUGAUGGUGAUGUGUUACACUGGGAGCAGCAGAUCCGCCUCAGAAAUAUGGUCACCAGGCAGUAUUUGGGGAUUGAUUCCAAGAUGGAUGUGUCUCUCAUUGCCGAUGCGAACGAUCCGCGCACUGUUUUCAGACUCCACUCCGUACUUAAGGAGAGAGAUGAAAUCCAAAUGGAAAGCUAUGCUCGUAUUGAGCACAUGCUGACAGGCUGCUGGCUUCAUGCCAAAAAAGAUGAAGACUAUGAGCGUCAACAGUUUGACGAGCAAGGCCAGCAGCGCGGGAUGCGUGGUUUGCGGUGGGAUGGAGCACAGGUACGCAAGGUCGCGGCCAGUAACGAGAGUAUGUACGAUGAUGCUUACACUAUCCAAAAGGUGAGCAAAGAAGAUAUCGACAACUUCAACUACGUGGCUGGGAUGGUGCCGUUCCUCUUCAAUCUUAUCCAGGAGCGGCGUAACAAUUGUCCGUUAACAGCACGUAAAACUCAUGGAAUCAUAGCUGCUUUCAAGGAGCUGAAAGAAUUCAUGUUACCAGAAAAUCAGCCGGAUAAAAACCGACAGAAACUUGUCCGUAACCUUCGGGUGAUAGAUCUGUUGGUGAAGAUUCUGCAGACUCCACUCAAUUCAGGAGACGAUGAGCUUUACCUCAUCAAAAUCUUCAAGGAAGCUUAUGACGUUCUGCAUGCCUACAUGAUCGGCAAGAGUCGUAAAAACGCACUUUACUUCGCCAAGUACAUUGACUUCUUCCAGACACAGUUCACUCAAAAGGGUGGAAUUGGCCUGAAUGUGGCUCAGAUGAUUGUGGAACUGAUCCGUGACAAGCGGAAGAUUGUGGACAGGAUCAACCAGCACCACGUGGAUCGCUUCAUAGAGUUGCUCUGUAUGACACAGAACUACCGUUUUCUUGACCUGCUGAAUGUGCUGUGUGUAUGUGAUGAGGUAUCCAUACCUGACAACCAGACCUACAUCGUGGAGCAAUGGCUGAGAGCUCAGAAGAAAAGUGUUUAUUUGAUUGAUCGAGGUCAGAACAUCAACAAGCGGCCAAACAUCGUCUACGUGUCGGUGGAUGGAGGGCUAAACUGGAUCGCCCUGCACGACUUUGUUGACCCGGCCUAUUCAGAGUUUGAUGAAGAAAAGUACCAGUUUUUAAUGCACCAGCUGGAUUUGUUCAAAUCAAUAUGCCAUGGAAGGAAUGACCUGGCCAUCCAUGUGAUCACAAGGGAGAUGGGAUUUGUCACCUGGGAGGAUGUCUUUCUCUGUCUUAAGCAAGACGUCUUGCCAGACUCCAUUAGAGCCAAGUUCUGUGAACUCAUCAUCGCAUUGUUUGUUGAUGUUGGCAACAAUUACUCUGUUCUGGACAACCCCAAUAUCUGCUUCGUUUACGAGUAUGUGGGCUCCAAAGACUCGGAGAGGGAUGAAAGCCAAUAUGUGGUGAAGGACUUGGUUACAAUCUUCCCCGUACUUCGUGACUGGAUCGCGGACUUCCUCAAUCACAAUGACCUCAUGAUCGCCUCACAGAUUGGCCACAACCUACUGGUGGAACAGGUUCUGCGCCUUCUCCAACACCUGGUCAAGUUUGGAUACUACAUGGACAUGGAGGAUGUGAGACAGCUGCUAGGACCUCUCCUAAACUUGCUGGAUGGCAGGAACGACGUGCCCUUCCCCAAGGACAAGGGAAAAGGGUACUCAAGAGAGGGGAAUAAAGCCGUGCAGACGUUCCGUUCAAGCACUCGUUUUGAGUGUAGUCAGGAGUCCGAGGCUGUCGUCAAUGCCAAAUUCCAAGCAAUGGAGGUGCUAGACUUGCUUCUGACCUAUCAGAGGAAUGAGAGACUGAAGGCAUUGGUGAGCAAAUUCAAGGGCUGUGAAAGUUUUCUGGUGCACAAGAAAAAGAAGAAGUCUCAAAAUGUGAUGCAGCCUCUUCUUUAUGAGACAUACGACCCCCAUGACACAUCAAAAAAAGCUCAAAGACUUCAAAAGAAAGUACGAGAUGAACUGAAAAUAAUGUUUGGGACGACCGCCAUCUUUGAUAUUGAACAAGCCACAACCAUUUUGCUGGACCUGGCUCAGUACAAGUAUGAGAAGAUGGUGUGCAAGUCCCUGGACAUUCUUAACAAGCUUUACUCCUCUCGCAGUGACAUGUUUUCCCUGGCUGUGGAGGCUCAGGUGCUGAUGACCCAUGACUCCGCCAGGGUCCAUCGUGAAGUUCAGCGUACACUGCCAGUAUUACGACGACUUGCUCGAUCCAAAAUGAGUGAUGCGCAGGAGGUGCUCAUGUGUGAUAUGUUGACUGAGUUGGCAGAAUUUUGUCACCUGCCCAAAGCCCCUGAUGAGCCUCAUCACAUGAACCAGAACAUUAUGAUUAGCCAUGGUAUCCUCAAUAUCUUACUGGAUAUCUUAUCCCAGGACAUUGAUUCUCGCCUGCCCGAAUACAAAGGCAUGAGAGAAGUGUUCAAGAAAACCUUCACGCUGCUAAAACUGCUGAUCCGUGAGAAUGACAAGGUGCAGACGCGGAUGUACGGAUAUCUGGAUAAACUGCUGGAUAUCCGCGGAGUGGAGUCAGAACUGGCUGUCAUGCUGAAAGAGAUUUUCAUAGCCAAUCAAGGCAUCUGUAUGAAGAUCCAUCCUCGUCAGUUACAAAAGCUGGUGCUACUGGCCGCGGAGCACCAGGACGAGGCGCCCGAGUUCAUCGACCUGCUGCACGUCCUGGUGAAGGUGGAGGGGCUAGACCUGACCCUGAAGAGGAACCAGGCUUUCACCAUGAAGUACAUCAUGCAGAACUUCAGGAGGGUCGCAUACAUUCUCGACCAACCCAGGGAUGUCAGGGAGAAGAUCUUGUUGAACCAAACAGAUCAGGGUCACCUGACUUACUUCAUCUCCUUAGUGGAACUUCUGUCUGCCUGUGCAGAGGGUGACAACAAGUUCAUCGAGUCCCUGUGUCAGACCAUCCUUCCCAUAGAUGAAAUCCUGUGGGUGUUGAACCACCAGCAGAUUGACCUGAACCUGAAGAAACCCUUCCUGAAGUUCAUGCUGUGGGUGUACCUGAAACCAUCGAGCAGCAUGGUGGAGAGUGGGGCUGCUGACUUACAACACAGCAAGGGAAUGUGGGAUUACAUCUCCAGUUCUGUGGGUGAAAUCGCCCAGCUCACAGACUCCCUCACUAGGCACCAGGACAAGGCUGCCCAGCUACUCAAGGGACCCCCGUCUAAAAGUCAAGUAGCUGAGAGUCAUGACACCAAGGCCGUAGUUCAUGGAGGUCUCUUCUACACCAUGGAUGGCCUCCUACCACUUCUUCAGGUGUUUUACUCUGGAUUCUACUCCCCUGACAAAGAACUCCACCCCCAGGAGCUGGUCAUCACAGACAACCUGGCGAGUGCCUUAGCUGCUUUCUGCGAUGUGGUGGGCCCCAUGAUCAUCAGCCCUGCCCACAUGAAGGUGUUUGUGGCCAGCCUGACCACGGUCGUGUCAGCAUCCACCACCCCACAGAGUAUUCUCAUAAGUGUAUUGGACAAGUUUGCUAACGAGAUGAAAUGUGAUGGACUAGCCAGCCCAGUACGUAAGGGUAACAUGGAGUACUACAGUCAGGAGAUAGAGCUGAAUGCCAAGCUGAGGACGUUCUCCAUGAAUUGUAGCCUGGUAUACAGUGGUUACAACACAGUGGCUGCCCAGAUGAAGAUCAAGUCUAAACGAGCGUACACUGAUGUGGGUAGUAAUGAAGAGUUACCCCUGGGCGAGGAAUACCAGCAGCUUGUUAAGAACUUCAUUGACACCCAUGAGAAAAAGCCCGCCAAGAAAUAUGCACAUACCAAACUGCUGGUGACAGCUUUACAUAUAUCAGCCCAGCGUUUGCGUCACAUGAUCCCUAGCACUCCGCAGCAGGAGGUGCUCGACCUCAAGUGCCUGCAAAUCCUCCGUACGCUCAUUCACAAUGAGGAGCGGCGGCUGCCUGAUGACUGGGAGUUAAGAACCUCAGAAAAGAAAAUCAAACGACAACUCAACCAUAUCCUGGAGGUGCAAAACGCCAUCAACGCCCAUGACGUCAUCAACAAAGUGCUGCCUCACUUAGCGCGGCGCAAUGAUGAGAUUGCACGAGAGGUGCUGGGAUUGAUCGCAAUCCUGCUGUACAAUGCUAACCGUGAUGUUCAGAAAACCUUGUUGGACUAUUUCUUGUCGACCCGCGAGGAGGUGUUCUUCAUGGCUGUUCGCGACAGGAUGCAAAUCUCCACAAACUCCAUUAAAGAAAAGCGUUCCCUGUUAGCUCAACAUGAAGCUCGUCUGAAGGAGACCAGUGCUAACAUGGGUAACUUCCAGACAUCAAUCACUGUGGGAAAGAAAGCUCUCCAGCAAAUUAUGGUCUAUGAAAAUUUCCUGCGCAAGGAAAAACUGGAUGGUUGGCGGGCUCUAAGCCGGGCACGCCAGCCUUCCCCAGAACUGAAGAAAAAACGAAAGAAAAGCUGGAAAGGGAAGCCAGUGCCUCCAAAGAACCCACAAACACUUGCACUUACUAACGGUGUGGCCAAAGAUAGCGAGGCCCUGAUUGAAAGCACUCAGUUUGAGUUAAUGGACUUUAACAUCCAGGUAGAGGAUGAUGGUUCUAAUGAGGAGAAUGAGAGCAAUCUGUUUGAAAUCCUUGACUACAAGGAUGAUGGGUACAUUGACCUUGUCCUCAAGGUCAUGGCACGUGUCUGUGAUGGCCAACAUAGGGGCUUACAGGAUUACUUACGAGAGCAACCAGACAAUGUGAAAUCUUUUAACAUCGUCGGAGAAAUCGCCCAGUUCCUGAACGUUGUCUACUCCAGCAUUAACGUGAAGACCAUUGAUCUAGUCAUACAGUUAUUCAGCACUCUAAACGAGUUCUGCUCCGGCAAUCAAGAAAACCGCAGUGUGAUUUAUGACAGGAAAGUUGUUGACUACGUCAAUUUCAUCUUGAGAUCUGGAGAAUUCCCAGAAUGCCCUGAAGAAAAGGUAUGGGAGCUGCGUCAGAUGAUUGGCACUCUGAUCCUGUCCCUAAUUGAAGAGAACGGGCCCCAGGCCUCCCAGGUGGCUAAGGAGGUAAAGGACACCUUGGAUAAAGAUGCCCUAGUGAGGCUGAUGACAGAGUGCUAUGAGUUUUGUCAGACAGAGAAACCUAACACGCCACCCCAGGAGGGAGAGGCGGGCUACCUCAAGUCCGCCAAGAGCUUUGCCUUUAAAGGAGGCAGUCUGCUGCAAGGGGUCAUGAAGGGGAAGAGCACCGCCCUGAAGGACAUGAUGACAGAAGCCGGCUUCCAGUUCUACCUGCUCUUAGCCAGAUUCUAUGACAUUGACCCCCAUCUCAAUAUCAAGUUAGUCUUGACCACGGAGCAGCAGAGGGCUAUUGGGUACUUCAAGAAGAACAGCCAGUCUGUUGAGCUUGUCAAAGACGAUAUUCUGCAAAAGGUCAACUUCCGGGUGAAAAACAAGAAUAUCCUGCGUGAGGAAGUGAAGGAGAAACUGAAGUGGAGUGUGGAUCGCUCCUCUCCCACGGGGAAGAUCCGUGACCUGAUGGCGUGGACACGGGAUAUCAUGGACGACAUAUCCUACCAGAGGAAGAUCCUCAACAACCCAUUGGCCAUCUUCUUCACCAAGGGAUGGCUGCUGUGGAAUCAUGGUGCUACCCUGCUGAGUUUGGCUAUCAACAUCUUGAUGUUGGUGACAUGGAAGGCACCCUUGUCCUUGGCCGACCUUGAUGGUGACAGCCCUCCAGAUAACUCCACUGUAUGGACCGAAAUCAGAAACCCGACACCAAACAUCACGAGGAUCACGGAUAGCCAGUACCAGAUCUGUCUGUGGGCACUGGGAGGUCUCCAUAACCUCUUCUCUUUGUUUGUCCUCAUAAGUUACUUCCUCUCCAACCACCCGAGAUUGCCUCGUUGGGCGGAGAUAACAGGACCAUUCAGACGGCUGUGUGGUAAGAAAGAGGAAAACCCGGAAAAACUGGAAAAAGUGAAUGACCAUAUCUCUAAGCUGGACGUCAAGUUCUUGAGUUUUACCACUUUCUACUACAUGGUGUUUCUGGCCAUGUCUGUGGGAGGGACAUUCUAUCACGGCUACUUCUUUGCAUUCCAUCUGCUGAAUAUUGUCAACAACAACCAACUGUUGAGUGGAGUCAUUAAAGCUGUGACAAUGAACGGAAUGUCCCUGUUAUGGGUUGCUGUCCUUGGCCUGGUUGUGAUUUAUGUAUACGCGCUCAUCGGCUUCGCCCUGUUCCGAGCCUCUUUCGACCCUGAGGGGAACAUGUACUGUGACACGUUGUUCCGCUGUACCGUCACGGUGCUGCGGUUUGGAUUGAUAGGAGACAUGUUUGAGAUGGGGACAUUUCGUGGUAGAUCAUCUGUGAUUGCCCCUCAUGAAAUGAAGAUUCACGAGUCUCUUGGAACGUUUGAUAACUUCUGGCCCGUCGUUCUCUACCAUGUAUCCUUCUUCAUCUUCAUCACAACCAUUGGUCUCAACAUCAUCUUCGGUAUCAUUGUCGACACAUUCUCUGAACUCCGAGAUCUAAAGUGGAGAGCCGAAUCUGAUAUGAAAGACACCUGCUUUGUCUGCAGCAGAAACAGCUAUGACUUUGAGCAUCACGGCAAGGGUUUCGACCAUCAUGUUCGUAAUGAACACAAUAUGUGGAGUUAUGUUUUCUUCAUGAUUCACCUGGAGGACAUUAAGGCCAGUGAUUAUACAGCUCUGGAGCUAUAUGUCAGCAAAUCGUUGAACAGAGAAGAUUACGAUUUCUUCCCCCUGAACCGAGCCUUGUGUCUGAGUGAUGUGGACAAGGAUUCCACUCAGUCCAAGAUAGAUGACCUCCUCCAUCAGGUCACUGUCAUUGCCCACAAACAGCGAGAAGAUGAGGCAGAAAAGAAGAGGAAGGUUGAGAAACUGCGCCAGAAGAGGUGGCAAGAGAAGCAUCGGCGCUUUAUGUUCGGGAUGAGACAGCCUGACCCUAACAUGGAUUCUGAGCCUGAAUACCCUGCCCAACCUUCUCGCUCCUACAGUGAGGAGAGAGCGUUGUCACGUGACCGUGAUCCUCCCAGGGAGGAGAGCAGGAGGUCGAGCCAGGAAGCCCCAAACGUCUCACUAAUGCGUUAUGCAGAUCAGGCCCGUCAGGAGCGGUCUCCACGAUACCAACGCAGUCUGAGACGUCAGCAGCGCAGAUACGACGAUGACGAUGAUGAGGCUCUGAUCGGAGAUACAUCUGACACAGACAGCGCUACAGUCGAUGGCUCUUAUGACCUGCUGCAUGAUGAUUCUCCAUCUCCUCCCAAUCUCCCACCUCCAAACCUCCCACCACCCAAUAUCCCACCUCCAAACCGCUCCCCACCAAACCUCCCCCCACCAAACCUCCCCCCUCCACCACCACCACCUGAGAUGAUAGAAAUGGAUGAAUUUGAUGAUGAUGACGACGAUGAUGAUGAUAGUCCACCACCGAGUCCACCUGCGCGGGACGAUGGUGAGAGCAGGGCCUAGGCUAACGAUCUCCUCUGAAUUUCUGGAGGGAAUUUAUAACAGGCUACACACAGUUAAGACAUCUGCCUCUACAGUCUUGUAUGAAACAUGCGGGCAUGUUCGAAAAGAGAAUGGAGUGUUUUGGGUGAACUAGAUGGAAGACAUAGCUUCGAAACAAAAGCUUAUGUCAGGUCUUUGGCAAUGAACAGUGAAGAAAGCAUUUCGUUGGCUUUUUUUUUCAUCUCCCAGUCUUGUUUUUCCGUAAGCAGUUAAUGAAGGAAAUCUGGACUGAGCCAGUGUUUUAACGCUGAAAAGAAAGUGGUGCAUUGACUGUUGUGGGGGUGGGAGGGGAACAUGGUGUCACAGUGAACUAUUGUGUAUGAAAAUGUUGAUGCUUGGGUUGGCACUGAAUGAUCAUGUCAUCACUUUGGGAUUUCAUCUCAUGCACAGAGUGAUGAGAGCAAUGACUCUGUACGACAUUUGACUUUAGCAAAAGGAAACUACACUGACUUUCAUAUUAAAUGAGACUUUAGGUCAUGAAGACCUGCCUUUGACCAUGUACUUCUUGUUAUAGUGCCUUAUAUUGUGAUACUGAAUAAGGCCUCCUAUGAGAAGCCAUGUUCUGUGACGUCUAACCCUAAUACAAUGCAUGAUGUCAUACAUACAAGUCUGUGUUACAGGUUUAUACAUUCAGUUGUCUCUAGAUGGGCAAUCUGCACUCGUGUGUAAAGCUACUAGGUGACAACGUCGUUAGUGCUGACUUCCAGAUUUGAUUGUUCGGGGUAUAAUUGUUGUAAAUGUUUAGGCUGUUGGUUCAGUAAAGAACAAUAUGCAAUAUUUGAAGAAGCUUAUCAUAUCAUCUUCUACAUGUACAUUUAUAUCAUGUUUGCAAUUUCUCUCUUUUUUUACUCACCACUGGACUAUCCCACGGACAAACCUCUAAUCUAACCACCUACAACAUGCACAUCAAAUCUUACAUUAAGCAUACUUUUAUCCAUAUCCACUCUGGUGUU